AUGUCCACCGAGGGAGACAAGCAAUAUUGGGAUAAGAAGGCUCCAUCAUAUGCCCAGUCCCCCGUCGCCGAUGAAGCUGGCUAUCAGCGCACAUUGGAAAAGACACGGAGCCUGCUGAAGCCAACCGAUACGGUUCUUGAGCUUGGCUGCGGAACAGGUUCUACGGCGCUGAAGCUCGCCGAUGCCGUCAAGAGCUACCUUGGAUCCGACAUUUCUCGUGAGAUGGUCAAGAUCGCCAUUGAGAAGCAGACAGCCGAGGAGGCAAAACAUCCUGGUCUCUCAUUCUGCGCUGCGACGGCCGAAGAGCUCGCUGCAAAGCCAGUGCGAUUUACCACUAUCCUGGGCUUCAAUUAUCUGCACCUGGUCUCUGAUGUCGCGGCCACUCUGAAGGCGACACACUCCCUCCUUGAGGAUGGGGGCCAGCUCAUAACGAAGACACCGUGCCUGGGUGAUAUGAACUUUCUUCUCCGAUGGGGAGUUCCGGUUGUACGAUUGUUUGGCGUUGGGCCAACUGUCACUAUUUUCACUGAGACGGAGCUCUCCAGGCUGCUUCGGGAUGCAGACUUUGAGAUUCUUGAGGCAGAGAAGCACGCGUCAAAAGGCGAUGACAGUCGGCCAUUUAUUGUGGCCCGCAAGAAGUGA